AUGUUUAUGCCCUACCUAGGUAGGCGAAAGCUUAGUCGAAUGUUAUCGCAAGGCAAAAGGCUGCGUGGCAUUAAUGGUGAAGAACUUCCUUAUCUUCACUGUAAAGCAAAAUCUAAUAAAGGCUCAUCAGAUGAGAUUGGGGAGGAGACGAGGCAAAAUUUGACCUCAGCUGAUACAACGAACAGAUUUUUCGAGACGUUUUCUUAA